AUGAUUUGGUUUUUGUUCAACGUUCUAUUGAUUCACGCUGGCAGUGCUCUUCAGGAUUUUCAACCAAAAUGUAAGAAAUUAUGUUUUUUGUAUGUUUAUGUGUAAGAUAAUAUAUAUAUAUAUAUAUAUAUAUAUAUUUAGUGGCAUUACAUUUUCAAAUGGUACUAAAGCGGGAUAUGUAAUUUAAAUCAACGGGUGGCUUAAAAACUUAAAUUUUUUUUUAGUUUUUUUUAAAUUGGACAAGUGGUAUUAACUAGACCUGUUAAGGGGCCAAGAGAAAGCUAGUGAUUUGACGUUCUUGAUAAAAGGGCUUAUAAAUUUUAAAAUCUGUUUAUUUAAUGUUUUAAUAACAUAAUUUCAAAGAAAAAUAAUUAGAAGUCAAAAAAUGACAAACUUAUAAGCUUAAAACACAAUGCCAACUUGGCUGAAAAUUCGAAACCUUAGCUUUUGAUCUUGAUUUUCUUGAGAUUGACUGAAAAGCGCGAUUUAGCCUUUGCUUAAGGUCUUAAAUUUACAUUUCCUUGCUAUGAAAAAUUACUUUUUAAAAUUUUUUUGUUUAAAAAAGAUAAUUUUAAACUUUUUUCAAUUUUUUUAAGUUUUCUUUCCUCUUUACCUAUUUCUGAUUGUACGACCUUGAUAAACACAGUAAUUUUUUACUUUCAGUAACCUGGGAAUGCGGGGAGAAGGCAGUAAAAGUGUCAAUCACAACUGACACUCCAUUUUUUGGCCUAGUCCACCCAAUUGGCGUCAGAUCUCCGGAAUGUACAGCACGAGGUACUGGUGGUACUAGUGUGUCAUUCAAAAUCGAUUACAAAAAGUGUCAAAUUCCAUCUGACAAACAGAGUAAGCGACAUAGUGUGGCAUUGGAAGUUCAUGAACAUCAUCUUUUACUUCUCGAACAAGAUGAACAACUCGAGUUUGAAUGUCGGGUGAAAGGUGAAAGUACUACAACAAGCACUGUGGAGCCUGAAGUUGAGGAGAAGGAAGACACAUUGCCAUUCGAAGUUAGUGGCUUUGGAAAUGACACUGGCGUUGAGGUGGUUAGAGAUGUUACUACAAGGUAUUUAAGAUGUAUAUAGUGCAAAUCUAUACCUAUAACUAGUUAUAUUUGGUUUUUUGAGACGAAUAUAAGGUCUGUAACUCUACUAUAAUAUAAAUUUUUUUCAGGUCAACAAUAAAAUCUAAUUCGGAAAGAAAACUGCCAACGUACGACUAUUACAUUUCGUUAAUACCACAGUUUGGACAAGACCGUGGCAACAGUUUAUAUCCAGAGUUUGGGAAACCAUACAAUCUCGUCGUAUCUACGUCUAAAGCUCAUCAUUUCCGCGUACAUUCCUGUGUUGCUCAAUCUGAAGGCACUAGUGUUGAGGUAGGAUAAUAUGUAUCAUAAUAUUUUAAUACUACCUAAAGAAUUGAAACUAAUUUUGAAAAAUUAAAGGUAUUCUCAAAUAGCAGUAACAAAAAAUUAUGUAAAAUAAUCAGUAGCCUAACAAUUUUAAGGACUUUUUGAAACAAAAGAUUCACCGUUUUACAGAAGGUGCCCGACCUGCCCAGCUCUGAUUGACUUCGAACUUUUUAUAUAGGAUGAUUAUGUAAAUAUAAUUUCUGCAGCAAAGUACUAAAUUACUCUUUUCAGUCAAUCUCGAGAAAACCGAGAUUAAAAAAUUACUUUUUGAAUUUUCCGCCAAAUUGGCAUUGUGUUGCAAGCUUAUAACCUUGUCAUUUUUUGAAUUUUUAUCAUUAUUUUUUGAUACACUAGUAGAAAACCUUCAAAUGAACUUGUAAGUGUAGCUUGUCUGGAAAGUCGGGAAAAGAGCUUGAAACACAAUGCCAAAUUUUCUGAAUUGGCGGCAAAAUUGUUAAAUUUUAAAAGCAUUUUGGCGUAAAAAACAUUUUUUGACAUAAAUAAGGCCUUUUUAACAAUAACCGGCACGUUUUACUAAUUGUUAUGAUGUCAUAUAAUAAUUGCGUCAACUAACUGCCGUUUCCUUCCAGCUGAUCGCUUCGAAUGGCUGCACGUUGGAUCGAAAAUUAACUCAAGACUUUGUUUAUUCGGAAAACGAAGCUGAAGCGAGGAUUCACCGAAUGUUCAGGUUUCCGGAUUCCAGCGAGGUGGUGUUCAAAUGCUCGUUUGUCGAGUGUUCAGAUCGACAAAGCUGUAAAGUAAGUUUUAGGUAUUAAAAUAGAGUUUUUGAGUAUUUUGAUGUUAUUUUGGGUAUUUUAGGCUUUGAAAGAGUGCAUUAUUGAUUCAAAAUUCUUAUUUUUUGCUAUUUUUUUAAAAUUUUUUUUAUCUUAACGUUUUUUCCUAAAAUAUUAUAUUAUUUUAGCUAAACUAUAAAAUUAUAUUGUUUUAGCUAAUCAUUAUUAUGUUGUUUUAGCCAAACUGCGAAAUGAAGUUGGACGACCCAAUGAACGAAGACCCAGAGUUAGUCUCCAAGAUUCUUCGUGCCAAUUCCCCAGAUUCUUCAGAUGUCCAGCUCACCUGGCCUAAGGCAACAUCCCAAGCCAAGACUCGAGUUCGUGUUCUCGAAAGACGUGAACUCAUAACCGACCCGACACCGACACCUCUACCAGAAAGUGCCAGCAGCAUCACCGGUUGCCAUUGUGAUUUACCAUCUGAUCUUAUCAUACUAUACAAGCUGUGCAUUGCACUUUCGGUGUUCUUUGCUCUCGGAUGUUGUUGUAACAUUCUGUUUUGUUGUUUGAAUGCUCAAGGGAAAAGCGGCAAGAAGAAGAGGCCAGUUCCUAAAACAAUACCUCAGUCCUCAAUUAACAGUAAUCAAUAUUGGAUUAGUGAUACCGCCUCGAAACAUCGGGGAUUUGGUGAGCUUUUGGGCUUAUUAUGAGGUUUUGAAAAGGUUUUGGGCUUAUUAUAUUGUUAUAAAGAGCAGUUUAGAUCCAUAUAAGACUUUUAAGCAGAUUCUGAGAGUUUUAUGCGGUUACUUUCCUUGUUAAUCUUCAGUGUCAAUUUCCAACUUUUUAUGUUUUUCAGACGAAUUCCAAUCCCAAUUCUCAGAAGUACCUGUCAUAGAACAAUCAGUAGUUCAAAAACGAUCCUCCCUCAGCUCGUACGCUUCCCUUCGACCCAAAAGUGCGCGGACAGCGGCCGAAACUGGUGUCGAACUCAAUCCAAACGGUCUUCCAAAUGGCAUCUCAACUCUCACAAACUCUGGAUUUGAAAGCACAUUGAACCGAAACAAUCACUCGUCGUUCCACGAUGCUCCUCCAGCUUUCAGUUCAUCGUCUCGAGCCAGUAGCCAAUCUCCACGGGAUUUCGUCGAGGAUCAUCGGGAGUCUCCCAAGAAUCAUUUGACUCCGCCACAGUACCUCACGUUAACCAACUCACCGACGAAUCAGAAGGAGACUUACAGUAUUCUGUAG